AAGAAUUUGUGAAUAAAGUGAACAUUGAAUAAAUAAUAGAUAAAUACAUAAUAUACCUAUUGCAUAUAGGUUCUUAAAAAUUUUUUAAGAAUUUUCUAACAAAGUAGCCGGCAAAAUAUCGUCAUUUUAAAAGUCAGACACAAGGAGUGCCUUGAACUUGUAGUGUUUACAAUAAUAAAAAGUUUCGUGAUCAACUUAUAAACUUGCACAUACAUAUAUACUUAAUUACGUUAUAAGCUUUAGUUAUUUCACAUGGAUUCAAUUUCCAAAAAGCGGAAUGAUAUUUCAAUUAUUGGGUGCAGAUCAUGUGAGGACUUUAAAACUUGGUCGAAGGAACAAAGCCAAGUGUAUAGCAACAGAAAAACGCAGCCGAGAAUAGAUUGUCCUAUGGACAAAGGUGAACUUGGAAGGGCAACUUGGGGUUUAUUGCAUACUAUAAGUGUAUCAUUUCCUAAAAAUCCUUCUGAUGAUGAAAAAAAAGAUGCUAUUAACUUUAUAAGUUGUUUGUCAAGGUUAUAUCCAUGUGAAUAUUGUGCGAAAGAUUUUCAGGAAGACCUUAAGGAAAAUCCAGUAGAUGUUACAUCACGGGACAAAUUUUCUUCUUGGAUGUGUAACUUUCACAAUAGAGUUAACAAAAAAUUAGGAAAACCUCUAUUUGAUUGCUCUAAAGUUUAUCAACGUUGGAAAGAUGGUUGGUCGGAUGGUUCAUGUGAUGAGUAAUUUAAUAAAUGCUAACACAGUUAUAGUAAACUUAAUAAAAUUGUA